UAAUCAGGAGUGGCAUGAUACAAAAUAUCGCGCGAACCGUUAACCGCUUCAUUCGUAAGUGAAUAUUGUGUGAGAGAGUGCCACAACAUAAGGGAACAAACAAAAGGGAACAAGACAGGAGGGAAAGAAAAAAGUUCGGGAAAGCAUCGGAUACCAACAGAAAAACUGAAGGAUUUCAAAAUGCCUAUCGAUCUUUAUCAAAUUGCCGGAAGUGCUCCGUGUCGUGCCGUGCGUUUGGCGGCGGCAGCCGUAGGAGUGGACCUAAACUUGAAGGAGACUAGUAUUCUGGAUGGAGAUCACUUGAAACCCGAAUUUGUUAAGAUAAACCCACAACAUACAAUACCUACAAUGGAUGACAAUGGUUUUUAUUUAUGGGAAAGCCGUGCGAUCAUGACAUAUUUGGUCAAUAAAUACGGCAAAGAUGAUUCUCUCUAUCCAAAAGAUCCAAAGAAACGAGCUGUAGUUGAUCAGAGACUAUAUUUCGAUUUGGGAACUCUAUACUCAUCAUUUGCCGACACUUACUAUACGUGGAUUUUUACCGGUAAUGCUCCGGAUCAAGCAAAAUAUGAUAAGAUAAACGCGGCUUUCUCUUUCUUGGAUAAAUUCCUAGAAGGUGAAAACUACGCGGCAGGGAAAACUUUAACUCUCGCUGAUCUUGCUCUGGUUGUUACCGUUAGUAACUUUGAGAUUAUGAAUUAUGAUUUCAGUAAGUAUACUAACGUUCAGAAGUGGUUUGCCAGGAUUCAGGCCGAAGCUGUUAAAUAUAAUGAGAUUGAAGACAAUGAAAUAAAAGCAUUUAAAGGUUUCGUUGAUAAGUUUAUGAAGAAGAAGUGAUUUUUUGACAUUAGUUGUUAUCUUAAUAUAAGAAUUGUACGGUGCUUUAUUCUUUACUAAUUUAUGUUGAUUUUAUCAUUUCUUUU